AACUACCACGCCCACUUUCUCUAGACUACGAGAUACAUUGUUUCGUUUUUACCGUUACAAUUCUAACCAAUUGCUGUAUCGGAUAACGAGUGCAAUAACAGUUCGUUUAGAGAGAGUAAUAUCAGACACUUCUAAAGCUUUAUUUGUGCUGAAAAUAUUUYCGAUGUGGAAUUAUCUAGCUAAUUUUCUCAGGCGUUUACUUGUGCUACCCAAGGGGUCUUUKCCAAAAGUAUUUAGCAGACAAAAAUGUUAUGGUUGAAACAACUUGUGCACACAAUGUUCCACGCGUACAGUAAAAUGGCACCAGUUUACAUUUCGUCAAGAAGAAGAUAAGCAUUAGAAGCGGCGCUGGUUUCGUUCUAGCAAUCAACAAACGCAGUGAUGUCGUCCUCCAGUGAAACAUGCCCGUUCUGUGGGAAAAACUUCAAGAGAUUGAACAGCCACCUUCCCAGAUGCAAGAUGGCUCCGGUCGCCACAACCACACAAAGCUCGCAGACCCUCCCUGGCCCAGCUGACCUCAUCCGAGACAAGAACAGCAAGAAGACAUCUUCAUCACCAUCAACAACCUCUACUAAGAGUAAGAAGACAUCAUCUUCAUCACCAUCAACAACCUCUACUAAGAGUAAGAAGACAUCAUCUUCAUCACCAUCAACAACCUCUACUAAGAGUAAGAAGACAUCAUCUUCGUCUCCAUCACCAGCGUCAUCACCAUUGGCAAGUACAACCAAGAGUAAGAAAUCAUCAUCAUUGACAACUACUAAAAACAAUAAGAAGACACCAUCACCUUCCUCCUCAUUGUCAUCAACAACAACUUCAAAGAAAAGGCAGAAGCUCCUUGAUGAGACUUUCAUUCUCUCCAAGGACAGUCUGGCAAAAGAUACAGCCAAUAUCCACACAAAACCCAAAGCGAUAGCCAAACUCAAAGCAGUCCCUGCCACAGCCCCAGUCCCUGCCACAGCCCCAGUGAGCACUAAAGCCAAAGCUGCCUCUAAGAAGAAGGUUUCACUGAGGGAACAGAUUGAACUAUCCGCUCAGACAGCCAGAGCUGCUGCCACACUAUCCCAGGAACCUUUACCAGGGGCACAGAGUGAAGAAAGACCCUUCUGGAAGGAGGUGGAGAUGGGGAGCAGUAGGGAGAAGGUGGGGAGCAGUARGGAGRAGGUGGGRGGAGAAGAGAAGCUGCAGAGGUCAGGCAGUGGUCAGCCCAGACCCAGCAUCCAGUACCACACCACCAUCAAACCUGACCGGCUGUACAGCAAGACAAUCGCACUGGACCAUAACCCAACCAUAACCUCCGACCUCAAUAAAGACGGUCUACGCAGCAAGACRAGCAACAGGGGACCACUCACGGUCAACCACGUUUCAACAGUACUGGACCGUGUUCAGACCACAACCGCUGAUCGUAACAAAGACUAUCUGUAUAACAAGACCAGAAGACUGCUCACGGUAGAACUCGGUCAAACCUCCGUGAGGACAGAGUCAGCAACAGCCAAUCAGAGCRUGACAAGGGAGAAAGCGCCAUUCGACACCAGGAAGUAUGGCACUGAGCAGAGGAUCAUGGGUAAACUGUCUCUAGGGGAGGUGAGGCUGAAGGAACUGCCUUGCUGGAUCGCUACCAGAGCUCCCCGCAACCCCAGAAAUGGAGUACAGGCCCUGAACAGCGGAUGGCAGUGGUACUACAGGAGGUAUAUAGAUGUGAGGAAAGGUGGAGUGGGAGGAGUGGCCAUGCUGCUAGCAGGAUACUGCAUCCUGGGCUACACCUGGCACUACCCGCACAUCAAGCAUGACCGCUGGAGGAAGUACCACUGAGCCCUGCUGAGCGCCAGCGGUAGGGGUCAAACUAAGGGGAAACCUCUCACUCGGGGAGCACGCCCCUAGUGGUGUGGUGGAGAAACAUUUUCCAACAGGAGACAUAUUUGAUGGGCUGCAGCUAUGGCGAAAAACRCUUUGGCUUUAUACAUAUAUUCUUCUGUGUGAAAGGAGAUGUAUACAGAAGCAACACUGAGGUGCCGAGGGAAAUGGUCUCAUUUCAGUUUGACGUUUAAUUUCUUGUAAACCUUGUGUAYAACUUAAGUAUUUAUGUCGCAUUUGCUGUUGUUUUGUUAACUGUUUAUGAAAGGGAAGGAUCUCUCAAUGUUACAGCACUUCUGCUUCUAGGACAAGUUCAAAUGAAUUGUGUUCUCUAAACUAGUGAGAACAGCGUCAAAGCAAGUUCAGCUACUCCUAAAAGACUCCCAGACAGUCCAGCAAGUGUCACUGUUGGACUGUUUUUGUUUAAACUGACACUGUACUAAUGUGUGUAGCAUGCCCACCCAAUCAAUGCCUCAAAUGAUUGAAUGUGAAGUCAUGACCAGCCAUGAGACAAACUUGCCCAAGUAUAGUAAUACUAUAAUAACAAGUAUURCAGUGUGUGUGCUUGCAGUAUUUAACUGACUGUGAAGGUUUAACCAAUACUACAUGUUUGAGAAAGGUUAAGUUUCAAAUUAAUCAGGCUAUGCCCAUUUAUGAUUGUAUUCAAAAUGAAUUUAUUGUUGACUUUUCUCUUUCUGUUGUAGUGAACACAAACUAAAAAUGAACAACUGACAGUAUUUGUAACGAUUUCUCUUGGAACACUUCAUAGCCAACAGAAUACAAAAAAAAAACUUU